UGAAUUAUAGGGCGUUGUUCGCACUUCAGAGAAAGUUGCGUAGUUAGGGUGUUUGAUUUGAGAUCGUAUCCACAAAAUCACAGGCUUGUACUAAAAAGUUUUAGGAUGGCUGAAGUAGAAACCGUUCAAACUGUUACUGAAACUGUAGAGGUUACCGAAACAAAAACGGUUACGACAUCCGCAGACGGCACAGUGACUGAAGUGACUGUUGUUAAAACAGUUGAAUCCGGAGACUCACAUGGCCAAGAAGAAGCCAAACCUGCCGAGGCCGUCCAAGUAGAGGUGAAAGAGAAUGGCGGUGCUGAGCCUGCUAAAGAUGAAGAGCCUCCUGUAGUUGAAAAAGAUGGCGCUGAAGGGGUAGUGGUAGAAGAGAAAACUGCAGAAAAAGUUGAGGUACAGGAAGAGAAAAAAGAGGAGGGUCCACCGAAAGUCAUACUGCACCAGUUCCCUCCUGUAGCUAGUGUUCCAAGCCUUUCGCCUUUCUGCCUUAAACUGGAAACAUUCCUAAGGAUGAAUAAAAUUCCAUACGAGAAUGUUCACUCUUUAAAAGUUGGGAAGAAGGGGAAAAUGCCAUGGAUCGAAUACAAGGGUGAGAGGAUCUCAGAUUCAAGUUUUAUUAUUGACUAUUUGAACAAGACUUUUGAGAUUGACAUGGAUAAGAACUUGAGCAAAUCUGAGAAGGCACAGUCGAGAGCCCUGAAAGUUAUGUUAGAGGAGCAGUCUUAUUUCACUCUAAUGUAUUCACGAUGGGUAGAUGAAUUUAAUGAAUUCAAAAAGGUAGUAUCUACCCACCAAAAAGGUAUUGGGUUCGCUGUCACCUUCAAGAUGAACCAGCGUAAGGCACGGUCGACCCUUGAUCAUCAAGGGAUAGGCCGACACUCCAAAGAGGAGAUUUACAAGAUUGCAGAACAGGAUCUACGGGCUCUCUCAGAUUAUCUUGGCGAAAAACCUUACAUGAUGGGAGCAGAAGCUACAACUUUAGAUGCCACUGCUUUUGGUUUGUUGGCUAAUAUAGUAUAUUCUGGCUUAGAAUCACCGCAGUUUAAAAUGGUGAAAGAGGAAUUCUGUAACUUAGCUGAUUACGUCGAGAGGCUGAAGAGCGAGUUUUGGGUUGACUGGAAUGAAAUGGUGCUAGGUGACAAGCCAGAACAUACUCACAUCAGAAGACGGUUCAGCUUUAAAACUGGGAAAAAGAAGGCCAAGGAAGUGAAGAAGGAAGAGAAUUCAAGCGAAGAGGAAAAGCCUGAAGAGGGCAAGGCAGAUGCAGACAAGAGCGAGGAACCUGCUCCCGCUGAGGGUGAAGCAAAACCCGAGGCAGCUGAAGACGGCGAAGGAAAGGUAGAGGAAUCAAAACCUGGGGAAAAAACCGAAGAGACUGCCCAAGUAAACGGAGAGGCUUCUGAAAGCGAGAAGGCAGAAGCUGAGGCACAAUAAAGAACUUGAUUUUGCUACAGACUAAGGUCGAUUUGCAGCUUCACAUUGCUUCUUCUGUUGAAAACUCAAACAGAGCAUACAGCAUUAUGUCUCUGGAUUCACUUCUGAGAAACUUAGAGGGUUCAAACUAAAUUAGCUUUUUUAGAAAAACGCAAAUAGAUCUGAUUACUUUAAAAGAUUUUAUGAAAUUUCUUGAAACUAACAUUUGCUAAUGACUGACAGUAUUACUUAGGUAAAGACACACUCAACAAGUCCUGAUGCAUUUUAUGAAAAUGUGUAGAGGGCCGAAAGAUGCUGCUUGUAUUUUGCCUACCUGAGUAGAUAAAAUCCUUUUUUGGUAGAUGCAGCUUCUCAUCUAGCAGUGUUAUUAAUUUAUAUUCUAUCAUAUACUGUGUUACUAUAUGCGUAUAUACCUUAAAUUGGAUUUGUCAUAUCUAUCCAUUAGAAAAGGAGUUGAUAUUGAGAUAUUGAAAGCUCAAUAUUGAGAUAUUGUCUUACUGAUGGCUGUUGUAGUACUUCUUUGAUUUUCUCAUAGACAGUCUUCACAUGAAGUUGCCCCAGAUACAACCCCGGGGUUAACAUGGUCUUUUUAGUGCCAAUAUACAGUGUUUCAUCUUUAAUAUUUACCCAAAUUUUAUCUUUAAAUGUGUUCUACCAAAACAGAAAGUCUUUUUGUAUCAUAGAUUUAGGCAAACAAGGAUUUUAGGCAUUACAGUUUCUUCGUCAGCCUUUUGGAUGAGGUGUUGUGUGUGACAAUCUAGCUAUUAUGCAUGGACAUCCCAGUUAACGAGUGUCUACUUGCAUGUUGUUAAAAAAGCUGCUCUAACAAUUGAUAAGUUAGGUUAUCGAUUAUUUGAUCCAGUCUUGUUGUAUCUUGUCAGCCUGUAUGCUGUUAGUAGUUAAAAAACGUUCCUUAUAUUUUAAUCUUUUGUGCCUUUAAACGCAUACUUUCAACUACAUAGUCACUAAAAUCGUUUUAUGCUAGGCUUAUUUAUUUUUGUAUCGAAACGUUGUUAUUUUAACAUGUGAUCAUUAUUUCUUCUUUAACUUAAAUUAUAAACGUAAUUAUUAUCGGUCUUGACGCUAAGGAAAGACGGCAAGUAACUUGUUGCUUAAUGCGAUCUUCUUAAUUUCUUGUUAGUAAAGCGACUUUAUUUUUUGAGGUAAUCUGUUCGUCUUUGUAUCUUGCAAAACAGUGAUUAAACUCUCGCAGACCCUGAGUUAGUUUUCAGGACCUUUUGUAUUUUUGUGUUGCCUCAGAUCAGUUAUAUUCGGCGAGCCCUCUGAGCGCCUUCACAUUGCUGCAUGGUCGAUGUUUGGCUGUUUGCAGAGGUGAAAAAGGACAGAAUUAACCCUAGACCGUGGGAGAGUCGAUGUAUAAAGAAACGUCAAAACACUGGAAUUACAAUCGACAGUUUUUAUGACCCACCUGUGCUCUUUGAUAGUCAAAAAAUUAGACUGACCCAUUUCAUCUUUUCGCUAACAGCGCGUAGCCAUUAUGACUAUUAUUAUUGUAAUUGUUUAGUUAAUCGUAUAUUUCGUUGCUGGAUAGCUAAUUCGGUUAUCAAAGUGUAGGUCGACUUGUUAAUAUAGAGAUUUAUGGAUACAUCGA